AGGGCGGCGGCUUCCGGCGGGAGGAUGCGGGGGGCGGCCGGGCGCCGCUAGGUUGCCGUCGGGUCGCCGUCACGAUGUUGGUGUACUUCUGGGGAUUCCUGUACAGCAACUACUUUCGGUUCUGGCUGAAGUGGCUCUUGAGGCUGCUGACUCGGAAAUGCGAAUUGCAGCGGGUCUUUGAGGGCCUGAAGGCAGGUGCACAGCGGACCCUGAGCAUAGAACACUCAUUGGAAUCAUCAAAGAAUAAGGUUCUAAGAAAUGCUGUUCAUGUUGAGGAAACUGAGGUGGAGAAGUGUGUUAGAGAUGUCAUGAAAGAAAAGAAAAUUGAGCAGAAGGAUACAGGGUUUAAGACAAAUCUGCGUGUAUCCUUACUGCAGAUAUCGGGUUAUAAAAAACUUUAUUUGAAUGUGGAAAAUCUGAGGAAGGUCCCAUAUGAUUCGGAUAAUGAAGAACAUGAGGAACGGUUAAUUGAGCUUUGGAAUUUGCUGAUGCCUCAUGAGAGUCUGAAGGCCAGAAUCACCAAGCAGUGGUGUGACAUUGGCUUCCAAGGUGAUGAUCCCAAGACAGACUUCAGAGGAAUGGGCCUGCUGGGGUUAGUGAAUCUGGUAUAUUUUAGUAAGCAUUACACCAAUGAAGCUCGUCAGAUCCUUUCUCGUUCAAAUCACCCAAAGCUGGGAUACUCUUAUGCAAUAGUUGGAAUCAAUCUGACCGAAAUGGCAUACAGCUUACUUAAGAAUGGUGCUUUAAAGUCCCAUCUGUACAACGUGGUCGCUGGAUUGCCGCAGAUGGAGCACUUCCAUCAGUUUUACUGUUAUUUGGUUUAUGAGUUUGACAAGUUCUGGUUUGAAGAAGAACCAGAAAGCAUUAUGCACUUCAACCAGUACAGAGAGAAAUUCCAUGAAAAAAUUAAGGGACUUCUACUGGAUUGUGAUGUGAUGCUAACCUUACAAAAUACAAAGAAACUUUGAAUCCUCUGCAGUCUCUGAGGUUCUGCAUCAAGAGCAGAUUGAUGCGUUUGGACGGGAGGUUUGCACGUUUCACCAGAAACUGUUUAACAAUAGAACAUUUUUUUUUUACUUUUUAAAAAAAUAGUCAAAAUUCAGUUGAGAAAGCUUGGACAAUCAACCUCUGUUUGCAGGUCUUUAUAAGCUAUUCCCCAAAGGACAGCUUUUUUAAAAAAACAACCAACAAAAAAAGCAACCAACAAACCACCACAACAAUCAUCCCACAAAUCUCGAGCCUCUGGAUCACUUCCUUUCACCAUUUCUUUUCUAUUUCUUGGUGCAGGAACACGAUGCAGGUAUUUAUGCUGCAUCACGUUUUCCUUGAGUAUGUUUGACUGUUGUCUUUUAAAAAUGUUAGUUGAAACUA